AUGGCACGCUCGUUGAACGACCCAUCGACGCCUGCGUCGGCUCCACAGUCUGUACAGCUCACCACACAUCAUACGCCUGCAGCAUCAACAUCAGCGUCAUCGUCACCUUCAACGUUGUUGCCAGCAGCAUCUCCAAUACACUCAUCACAUUCACUCUCCAUGCCUCCAGAUCUAGAAACUCAGCCUCAUAGUGCUCAUCGAGUACAUGGCACUGACCAAGACAUGAAGCUCGACCAGACCGGUUCCAACGACACUCCACACAGCCUGCAUCGUCCUUCUCACGACAUUCCCCACUCCCAUCACCAUCACGACGACGAUCAUCAUGACGACGCGACCACCGUGGCACCUACACCGGAAAGUGCCACAGAGCACAAGGUCACUUUGCAAGACCAGACCAACUUCCUACCCAAGAAGCAAGUCAUCCUCGUCUUUGCUGGUCUGUCCGCUGGCCUGUUUGUUGCCCUCCUGGACCAGUCCAUCAUCAGCACUGCUCUCGGCACCAUCACCGCUUCGUUCCACGCCGGCAACGAGUCGUCCUGGCUUUCCACCUCGUACCUCUUGACCUCCACUGCCGCCAGCCCGCUAUACGGCAGAUUCAGCGACAUCUUUGGGCGCAAGACGUGCAUGAUCGUUGCCCUCACCGGAUUCUUGAUCGGCAGUGCGCUCUGUGCUGCCGCUCAAUCCAUCACACAGCUCAUCGUGUUUCGUGCCAUCGCCGGUUGUUUCGGCGGUGGCAUCGUUUCGCUUGUCAUGGUCAUCGUCGGCGACGUCGUCUCGCUACGUGAACGUGGAACCUAUCAGGGAGUCUUGGGAGUCGUCGUUGCUGUCUCCAACGCGGGCGGUCCAUUGAUAGGUGGUGCGCUCGCCUCCGUCGGCUGGCGAUGGUGCUUUAUCCUGGCGGUUCCCAUCGUCAUCGUCGCACUCGUCAUGGUUGUCAUCCUCUUGCCGCUCAAGAGGGUCGAAGGCAGUGUCAAGAGCAAGCUCGCCAAGAUCGAUUACCUCGGAACUGCUCUUGUUCUUUCGGGAAGCGUGCUUUUGCUGCUCGGCCUCAACUGGGGUGGUCAGCAGUACUCGUGGACCAGCCCACACGUGCUCGUCACCAUGAUCCUCGGAGUCGUCAUUUUCAUCGCAUUUGCCAUCGUCGAGGCUCGUGUCGCAGCAUUGCCGCUGGUGCCCAUGCGACUAUUCAAAGUGGGCACUGUUUGCAGUGUCCUCGUCCAGACGGUCUGCUCCGGAGGCAUCUUCUACCUUUUGCUCUUCUUUGUGCCGCAGUUCACCCAGGUGGUCAAAGGAUAUUCGGGUGUCAAGGCCGGUGUUACGCUGAUCCCGCUCAUGGCGCUCCAGGCGACCACUUCGACCGUCGCAGGUGUCCUCACAUCGAGGACGGGCAAGUACAAGGUCCUCAUUGUCGUCGGAUUCGGCAUCUUUUCCAUCGGCGUCGGGCUUCUCAGCUUGCUCAACGAGCGCUCUAGUAUCGGUGAGGUGAUCGGCUUCCUCCUACUAGCGGGCUUUGGUGCCGGUGGCACACUGCAAACCACGCUCGUGGCAGCGCAGAACGCUGUGGGUCGCGAGGAUAUGGCGGUGGUCACUUCGACACGCAACUUUAUGCGUCUGUUUGGAGGCACGCUCGGUCUCGCCAUCAGUUACGCCAUCCUCAACAAUACGGUUCGAAGCCAGGUCAAGACUCUACCUUCGGACGUGAUCGCUCAGGUGGUGCGCAAUCCCAAGAUGAUCACUUCGGGCGAAUUCGAUGCGGCCACUUCCGAGUUGCUGCUGCGAGCUUACGUCCAAGCGUUCCGCAACGUGUUCAGGUUCGGACUGGGUAUGGUGCUGCUUGCGUUCGUGGUGACCUUGCUGUUCACCAAAGAAUUCAGUUUGGACAGGAAGGACGACGAGAAGCGCAGGGAAGAGGGCAAACAGUGGUACGCAGAGAAGAAGGAGAGGAGACACGCAAAGAGGCACCCGGACGAUCACAGCGUACAGCCCAGUCGGAGGAAUAGCCAUCAUGAAGGCGAGCACGUUGGCGCAGAGCAGCGGCAGGUUGAGGGAGAUCUGGAGAAGGGACUGCCUCUUCCUGCCACUGCCUCGAGAUGA